UAUCUAUUUACUGAGGAGAAAGAUCUUUUCAACGUCAAAUUGUUUUUAAUUAAUCUGGGAAUUAGAGGAGAAUUAAAACCCCUGAAUGUUUCAGAAAUGAUGGGGAGCAAACUCAGAAAAGUGCAGAGUGAUACAGACAAAGAGCAAGAUGCUGAGGAAAACACCAGAGUGCAAUUAGAGGAGCCACAUAUUUCAGAGGAGCAACACAGCAAACGGAUUACUCCCACAGAACCUAAGAAAAGAGAACAUUUUGUGUCUUUUCCAGGGGAGUUGUCGACAAAUACAGAUAAUGAAACAUUACCAGAGCAACUGAUAAAAUUAGACAAUGAAAACAAACACCGAGGUUAUAAAAUAGCAGAACUUGAAGCUUAUAUCUUAAAACUACAGGGUUCCGAAAGCUUAGCAGAGCCGGAAUUCGAAGGAAAUGAGGCUGCUGACAAUCAGCAGAUUUUAGAAGAGAAAUUAAGAGAGUGCGAAGUUAUGCUGGAGGAUAGGACAGAUGAAUCCAAGACCUUGAGGAAGAAGCUCAAUGAGAUGGAGCUUUCAUAUCAUCAGCUUCAGUUUGAAUGUGAUGCCCUUAAAGGCAAACUAGCUUCAGUGAGGGAACUGGAAUCAUUGGAUUCUCUCAGCAGUGAAGAUGAAUCCGAAGUGAAACAUAGUGCCAAAGCAGAGCUACUUCAAAGAGUCAAAAGUUUAGAAGGACUUUUGAAGGUGCAGGAAAUGACUGAGAAGGAAUUAACAGAAACAGUCAAAGAGCUUCAAGGAGAACUUUUGCAUAGCCAGGAGAAUCAGAGGCUGCUUGGUUUACGUUGUGACAAAUUGGACCAGUUGACAAAGGAGAAAGAAGAUGUGGAAAGCAAGUUAGAGGAGAGAUACAGCCAAGUUGAGCAGCUACAGAAAGAAAAAGAGAAGUCUGAGGAAGAUUACCAAGAGCAAAUCAAAAUGUUAAUCGAUGAGAUUAAGGAGCGGGAUGAAGUCCAUUCUCAGCUUGAGGCGAUUUACAAAGAUUUGCUUCUGAAAAUAGGGGAAAUGGAAGAGUACAAAACUAGUCUUGAGUCAAAGGUUGCCAAAUUCAAGAUGGACCUGGAAGAGAGGGUGGAUAAUGAAUUAAAAUUGAAAAAGCAGUGCUCAGAUCUGGAAAAAACUAUCCGAGAUUGGGAAAAUUUUGAGCAACAGCUGAAAGGGCAGUUUAAGCGAGUAGAAAGUAAACAAAAUGGCAAAAUAAAGAGUCUUAGAAAACAGCUUGAAGACAAAGACGAAACCUUAAAAAAGACCCUGCAAGUGGUAGAAGAACUCAAGAAAAGCAUCAAGGAUGCAGAGAGCCAACUUCAUGAAAGGCAGCACAUUGCCCCAGAGAUCCUUAAGGAGAAGAAACAACUUGAAGCAGAGCUAAGCAGAAAGGCCGAGGCUGAAAUCGACAAGGCAGGGCUCAUUGUGAAGAUGAGAAGCAGGUUUGAAAUGGAGGUGAACGAGAAAAGCAAAGAGCUAGAAGACUGCAAGGACGAGAUUGAACAUUUGAACGAAGAAAUUGGACAGUUGCGAGAGCAACAAUGGCAGCAAAAAGAAGCUGAAAGGAAGCUGCAAGAAAGGACCAAGAUGCUGGAAGAGUUGGUGGAAGAGACAAAGGAAGUGGAGACCAAGGUCCUACAAGAAAAGAUAGCUCGCAUGGAAAAGCUGAUCAGUAUGAAGGAAGAAACUGAGGAGACAUUACAGGCAAGGAUUGGGAAACAGGAGACUUUAUUAAAAGAAAUGGAAGAGACUGAAAGAAGGCUGGCACAACGUAAUGAAGAACUGGGUGUCAAACAACGUGGCAUGAGCGAAGAAUUACAUCGCUGGAGAACCAAGUGCUCCAACCUUGAAAAAUUUGAAAGGGAUGUGAAAUUUGAAACAAAAUGCCAGAAGGAUAAGAUAAAAGACUUGGAAAUUACCAAAACCAACUUAGAGGUGCAACUACAAAAGAAAAUCAGCGAGCUCGAAGAGCUUGGCCUUUUGAAGAAGAAAGAACAAGCAAAUGUAACAGCAGAGCUGAACAAAAGGAUUGAAGAGCUUGAGUUCAAAGAGUCUGUCUGUCGAGCAGCAAAACAAAAUGUUGAAAUGCAGUUGAGAAAAAGGAUGAAAGAAUUUGAAAUUUCGGAGGCAAAUGCUAAGAGCCUUCAGAGAAAACUUGAGGAGGCAUUGGAGGAAAAGCAAAAUGGAAUAAGAAAUGUUGAAACUACCAUGCGGCAAGAGAAGGCAGCGUUGGAAGCUGAACUUGCUAAAUGGUCUCAGUCAGUGAUUUCACUGGAGACGAUGAUCAAAGAGGAAAGCCAAAUCUCCCUCAACUUAAAGGGACAGCUGCAUGCUAAAGAAGUAGCUUUAAAAAUGCUGCAGGAGGAGCACUCAGUACUGCUGGUGAGAAUUCAAGGUUUAGAACAGGAUCUGGAGGAGACGAAGAAAGACGGGACAAAACACACUGAGUGGGAGAGUAAUAGGCGUGAAAUGGAUGUCCUCAACCAGAGGUUGGAAGAACUCACACAGUCCGAGGAGAUACUCAAGCAAACCAUUGACAACUUCACAAAGACAGAAGCUGCUUUACAAAGAAGAAUUCAAGAUUUGGAACUGUCAGAACAAAAGCUUCUGGAUAAAAUCAAUGAGUUAACUUCCAAAUCACAGCAAUCAAUGACCAGUGAUCCACAACUUACAGUAAAGCUUCGAAGUCUGCAAAUUUCCGAGAAGGAACUUAAAUUUUCGCUUGCUGAAAAGGAGAAGUCUGAAGAGUUGCUGAAGGGAAAACUGUGGCGUUUGCAGAACCAGCUCAGGAUGAAAGAGGAUGAGAUGAAGAAGCAAUCUGAGUACUUUGAACAUUACAAACAAAAGCAGCAGCAGCAAAUGGUGAAGCUGAGGGAACGGGAACAGUUCCUGCACAGCCAGAUCUUCAAACUGGAUAGAGAGAGGAUCGACUUAAAUACGACCAGUGUUAUCCUGAAAACUGAGCUGCAGCAAGUCACGGCAAAGUUCACAAAGCUGGAAAAAGUACAUAGCAAAAGAAGCAAAGAGCUUUCUGAGCAUGACAUUGAACUUGCCAAUGUGGCACAUUCCAUGUCAGAGAGAGAAGACCAGGUGAAAGAUAGUAUUCUCAUGCUUCAGGAUGACUUAAAUAAACUUUUAGCAAAAGAAGAGGCAAUUAACCGGGAAAAGGAACAACUCAGGGAACGACUUCAGCAAGCCGAAGACAAUGAGGACUUCCUUACACAUAAACUGGAAGACUUCCGUUCACGGAUCCAUGAGUUGAAGUUAUCAGAGAGCAGCCUGCAAGAACAAGCUGAGGAACUGGAAGAGGAAAAUGAGAAGCUCAGGACAGAAUUGAAACAAAUUCAGGAGAAUGAAAAUUACCUGAAAGAAGUGCUGGAAGAGAAAGAGAAGCUGGAGAGUUUAGUCGAGGAGAAAAACAAACUGCAUAAGAUGACAUUAAAUAACAGUGAACUCCAGUUCAGUUCUGAUGAAAUGCCAGUACAUGAAACUUCAUUAGAGGUAACUUCAAAGCACCUGAGCAAACUCUGCAGUGCGAUUUUUCAGAAUAUGGAUGAGGAAACCUCACCAAACAGAUACCGAGACCUGAAGAACUCUCUAACUCAUUUACGAUCCCAGCUGCAGAAUGGAGACAUUUUAUUUCGAGAAGAGCUAUUGCAGAGCAAGUGGGCAGCUGUGCUGGAUUCAGCUCGGAAUAAGAACACUCAGACGCCAUCCAUUGGGCAGUGUGUUCAAGAGGCCUUGAUCAUUGCAAAACUAGCCUCUGAAAGUGUCUGUGAUUACCCAAAACUAUCUAAAGCUGUGAAGGAAGGACGUAUAAUUCCAUUUCUUGAAGCAAACUCUUGUCUGUUGGCUGAUUUAAUGCAGGUUCUUAGAACCGGGGAUGUGGAGAAGGUCAGAGCAGUUCUUCGGAGCCCUGAGACACAAAAGGAACUGGCCGUGUUGUUGGACCAGGAAGAAAGAGACUUGCUGCCUUGUGAUCUCUCACCACCUUUGGCUGAAAAGCAAGAGAUCAAUGAGAUUGCGCGUGCAAUCAAGAAAUGUGAAGACCACCAAGCUGUUGGCAAGGAAUUACACGGCAAUGCGUUUGUCCCUGUAGUUAACACUAAUGAUGAGUCACAAUCUGAUCAACUAGAUUUUGAACUUGAGAGUCCAAAAGUCAUGAGUGCAGAAUCAACUUGCUCAUCUGUACAGAAGACUGUAGAAUUCGCUGAAAGCGACACAAAUACUGGUAUAUUGCCAAAGAUACAUUUCAGCAUCAAAGGAGAUCUUGCUGAUAUAGACCCAAAGGCUGAAACUAUUAGAAAACUUGAGGCGAAAAUCCAGCAACUUCAAACAGAGAAGAUGGAUAUGGGUCAGCAUUUGCAGUGUAUGAACAGCCAGUUGCUUCAUGUAUCUGAGGAGAAAAGUAAAUUAGCAGAUGAAUUGCAUCUUGCAAAUAGUGAAGUGAACCAAUUAUCUCAGAAGCUUGAGGAAAUAACAGAAGAAAAGAUACAAGAGAAAGAAUCCAUGAAAAACAACUUGAGGAAAGAAAAUGAGGUUCUGGAAAAACGAAAUAAAGAGCUGCUAAAUGGGAUAGCAAAACUGGAAUCCAACCAAAGAGAGCUGGAGGCAGAUUUUAACGAGAAGAAUGGGGAAUGUUUGCAGAGACUGUCUAAGCUAAAAGAAGAGAAGAGUAAACUGGAAGACACAAUCAGCUGCAUGCGGAAAGAAAAUGCACAGAAGUUAGCGGAGUGUAAUCAAACAAUUGAGAACUUGAGCACACAAAAUGAGGAGCUGAAGGACAGAGUAUCAGACCUGGAAUCUGAGUAUAAAACACUUGCUAACACAGUGACAAGUUUAAAGCAAGAGAAAGGAGAGCUGAUGAAGGAAAAUGAGCAUCUGCUAAAAAACAUUAGCCAACUGGAGAAUGAGAAGGCACAGAUAAUUCACCAAACUGUGCACCAUUUAACAGAAGAGAAUGAAAAUCUUUUAGCAAAGGUCAGGAAAUUGGAAAGUGAAGUAGAGACAUACUUUAUGGAGAGCAGUGCAGCACGAAACAAAAUAAAUCAUGUAGAAAAUGAGAAUACCAACUUGAUAAAUUUGAAGGAAUGUUUAGUUAAAGAACUGAAAUCCCAAGGGACAGGUGAAAUAACUAAGCAAGAUGAAUUAAAGCAACAAAAUAACAAUUUAGUGCAAGAUGUUACUUUCAAAAAAGAUGACAGUAAGAUGAUGAACAAGGCUGAGAGAAUUUGCGAAGUGCAACAAAAUAUGAAUCUGCAGGAACAAAAUGAUGAACUUAAUGAUGGAUUGGCAGAGUCAUCAACAGUUAGUCCCAUGGGAGGAUCAAAUGAUUACCAGAGCUUGAGGUGCAAAAUCAAUGCAAAAGGCCAAAAAUAUCUUGUUGAAGAAACUGGAACUGUCAUGGAAACAUGCUUGGAAGAAAAUGAAAUGGAAAAGGAUCAAUCCCUGAAAAAGCUGAAGUUGGAUUAUGAUAUUCUACAAAGAAAACUGAUGGAUAUUGAGGAGAAAUCUGCACCUGGUGACAUAAAAUUAAAGCACAAAGGGCAGGUUUUGCAGGGCAAACAGAGCCCGGCUAAGAAACCAGCGACAGAGAUGCUGCAGUUGGCUUUGAUCGAAAGGAACAAUGCACUUGAGAAGCCACUUGAGAAAACAGAAAUGGAGCUGAAGUUGAAACAAGAAGAACUGGACAAGACAAAAACUGAGGCUCAGAAGUGGCACAGAAAGGUGACCUCCCCAGAAACCAGUGCGGAGAAGGUCCAAGUGGAGCUAACAGAGGUUUUAUUGGAGGUGGAAAGGUUGAGGAAAAUUGUGAGAGAGCAGGAGUGCCUGAAAGAGUCUGAGGCCGAACUGGCUCUAAGAAGAGAGAACUUCCAACUGAAAGAUCAACUUACUGCUUUAAACGAACGCAACAGAACUAUGGAUAAUCUCAAAGCAAGGUGCACUGUGAUGAAAAAAGAGGUAGAUGCAUUUGAAGAAUUGGGAAGGAAGACAACAGAAGCUGAAUUGCUGAUUGCUCCACUAAAGGCAAAACUGUCCUGCCUGAUUCAGAAAUGCCAUCGUAGGAACAGUCUGAUUAUACAACUGGUGAGGGAACUCUGCCGAUAUGGCUUUACUAACACAGGGUUGAUUGAAGAGGCUGAGGAUAUGCUAAAUGAUACUGCAAUCCUGGAGUAUACACGCACCUUUCUGCCGUUAGGCAACCAGCAGGCGAACAUGAACACUAAUUCAACCCCUGCUGGAACUCCUAAGCAAGAACAAGGCUUGAAUCAUUGGUUUCCGAGCUCUCUGUUUCACGAAAGGCAAGCUUUACUGGAUUCCAGUGCAGCUUUAACUUACAGACCACAUGUAGCCAUUGCUGACUAUCACCCUUAUUCAAACAUGCCACACACGGUGCUGCCAGUCCUGCCUCUUUCUGUAGGGGAUGUAGUGCUCGUCAGUGGGGACCCAGACAGGCAUGGAAUGUAUGUUGCUGAAGUGAAUGGGGAAUUGGGGCUGGUUCCAGCCCGGUUUGUGGAAGAGACCAACAGCAUCCUUCACCUGCACACAACUAAAAACAAACCGACUGCCAGCUACAGGAAGAACAGCCCAGAGAGGAUUACAACAUUGCGCCAACCACCCCAGCACACACAGGGAAACAAUGACCAGGUAGCACCUUCGGUGACAAAUUCUGAUGCAGAUUACAAUUUGCUAUCUAUUCCUUGUCUGAGCCACAAAGAUGUACCUCAGCCUUUUGUGUUAAGGUCACAUGAUAACCUGGAAGACAUUAACUUUGAGGCAUGUGGGAAAACUACAGGACGGGGGCAAGAGGAAGAACAUCUCUUUAAAUCUGCUGAGCAAUUUCACUGUGCCCCAGGGAACUGCUGUGAGAUCUCUUACGGAUGGGCUUGCAAUGAUAAAAGUAACCAGAAAAGUAUAUUGAGUGCUGGUGAAAAUACAAGCAGUGCCGCACUUCCAGAAAUGGGGACAAGAAGGAAUCUAUCAGAGAGAUUGGCUACAACUCUUCAAGGUCACACCAUCAAACACAGAGUGAUGGCUAAUUGGCAUGAUGGGAAAACAUCAAAGAUGACCCAAGAGCCCCCUGCUCCAGUUACUUCACUCCGUAUCAAUGGCCCCAUUAGACAGAACAGCCUGCUGAUAGAGUGGGAGAAACCUGUGCUGGAUGAAAACGGAUGCAGCAAUGGAACAUUCAUUCAAGGUUAUCGGAUAUUCAUUGAUGGCGAGUUUUACAAGUUGACAAUGGGAUCAUCCUGCACAAAGACUCUGCUGGAAGGCCUUGACCUAAGUGUGCCAUUUCAAGUCAGCAUCCAAACAGUUGGAGCCAAUGGUCUGGUUUCUGACAAGCUUACUGUCCUAUUUCUGAACCGCCAACUACAUGAGAAACCUGUAUCAGUACAAUCCCUGCCUUCACUGACUGAUCAAAGUAACAAAAGUUCAGAGAUGCUACAGUUCCUUGCUGUUUAUGAUUAUAAUCCAUUGCAAGACAGUCCCAACAUUCAUCCUAGCCACGAACUGGCUUUUAAAGAGGGAGACAUAAUUUGCUUGUAUGGAAAACAAAGAAAGGAUGGCUUCUGUGAGGCAGAGGUUAAUGGAAGGCGAGGUAUGGUACCAACAAGUUUUCUUGGUGCCAGAAUUGAGUUGCCAAAAACAUUGGAACACAAAGCAUCGAGGUCAACAAGUUCACCUCCAGGGCAUCAUGGCAUACCUGAGAUUCCUCAAUCCUCAGAAGACAUCCGCAAACAAAAGCUGAACAACAGGCAACGGUUAAUGAGAAGAAUAUAAGUAUGAAGUUUAAAACCUGAAGAUCUAAAUGUGCACUGCUAUUUGUCAAAUAGAGUUACCUGGUAAAUCUGCUGUCUCUGCUGAAUGAACGCUUCCUCACUUCCAUUCGGUGCUAAAUCCCAAAAAAAGCAUAGCCUUGUGUCUUCUCCUUUCAUUUGUUACCACAUAUAUCUAUUUAAUAUUUAUAUUAGCACUCUAUUAUUUCUGGUUUGUAUUCUUGGCCAAAGUUCUGUAUCUUUACACUUGGCCUUUUAUGUCAAAUAUCUUUGUGCACUUUUCAUCUUUUUUUAGUACAAAAGAAAGUACUGACUUAGUAACAUGACUUAUGAUAUGUAACCAGUCCACAGCAAAGUUCUUAACAGAAAUAUGCUGCAAUGCUAUUGCCCCGCUGAAAUCAGAUGGAAAAACAACACUCAAAAGCUCAGCAUACAACUUUCCUUAUUUCCGCAUUCUAAAACAAAACGUAUUAAAAUUUGGCUUAUCCUUUUGCAUAUUCCACCAUCAAACCUAUUCAUGCUGAUGAUCAAUGCCUUGGACAAGUUACAAACAAAAGCACCUCUGUUAAGUUAAUUUCAGUUGUAUAAAUGAAACUUCUAUCCAUACAUGUAUUUUGUGUGCAACAAACUUGUACGCAUGCAGAAGGUGAAGAAUCAGUGUACUGCACAAUUCUCCUGGUGGCAUGUGUGCAUGUUUUGGUCAGAAGCCCUUUUAUUUUGAAAGGAGAUCUAUUAAGCACAGUUGCCACUAAGCAAAUUUGUUUAACAUUUCACUUCUUUUGAAGUGUGUCUCAGGAUCCAGUUCAGGAGGCAAUAGUGCUUACUCCUUGUUUGUUCUAUAUUUGUAUAUUAUGUGUACAGGAUAAGACAACUGGUUUGCACUUUUCAUUGUCUAUUGCAGCUGAACAAGCAACAAGUACUUUUAAAUUUAUUUUUUAAAGAAAUAAUACUGUAUUAACAACUUAGAAGUAUUUUACAAAAGUAAAAGUUUUCUUCCUAAAGUUGUUCUUGCAAGAAAACCCCUUCCAAAACUAUUGAUAAUUUGUCAUUAAAAAAGGGUAAUUCAUUGGUUGUUGCUGUAGUAUCUGUCCUGGUAUUUGGCUAAAAGGAAACCUCUGCAGUAAUGACAGCUCUUCCUGUGGUGUAAAUCACUUCCUGAAAAUUCCUAAAAGAACUAUUUCAUAAGUUUAUAAAUUCUCUGAUACCCACAAUAAAACAUGCAAAUUACUAAACUUUGGAAUUCUUUGAUAUUCAAUAUCAUUCCAAAUUCCUUAGUUUAUUUGGGCUCCUAUGAUGGUAAUUGCAAACUGUGUUACAUUAUUAACAGAAAUAUAUUCAUUUGUAUGAAAUGUUACAAAACUAACGUAUUUCCCAUUGAACCACAUAAGUGAAUCAUGAUUAAUGUCAAUGCAAAAUUAAUACUCUGUCCUAUUUAAUCUGUAAUGAAAUAGAUGGAAACAAUUUAAUUUGACAGUACAUUUUGCCAGUGAUGUUAAGCUUUUACAGACUGGCAAAGAAUUUGGAUAAUCCAAAAUCGGUAAUUUAUGUUUUUUUUGCAUGCGACAUAGUGAUUCUGCUCAAAUGAGGAAAUGGAUGAAAUGCGGUGUUCCCUUUGCAAUUGCUUUUCUCCAGACCCUUGUAAUGUUUGUUAAUAGAAAACUUCAGUGCAUGAUUUGUUGAUCGUACUGUGGCCUUGUGACAAACAGCAAAUCUAAACUUUAAUCCAUUUAUAUAAAACCAGCGGAUGUGGAACAAUCUCCACAACUUUACUUAUUUCAUUUCCAGUACGGCAAAAAAGGUAUGUAUAUAAUAUGUAGGUAUAUGUCUAUAUACACACACAUAUUUAUAUAUCAAUAUGGGAAUGUACGUGUGUGUAUAUAUAUUGUAUACAACACAACAGAUUGGCAUUUUGUUUUUUAUGUGUUAUAUAUCCUUCAGUGCCUUAUAGAGGCAGAGAAGAAUUAAAAUCAUAAUACUAGGUUUCUGCACAAGCCAUGUCUGAAUUUUGUCUGUCCAAGCCAAUCACUUACAAGGCUAAUUAUUGUUUCUAAAUACGACAUGGUCUUGAGAAUAUUCCUUAAUACACAAGGGCCUUGCAAAACAAAUGGAAUAGAGUUUAGAUGUGUUUUAUGAAGAUAGAAGCAUUAAAAAAUUAUCAGAAGAUUUCUAAUGUACAGAAUAUUGAAUUAAUGUAUUGUAGUCACCACUGUUUCUUAAAUGGUUGUACAUCACACAUUUAUAAAUUGUUUAUUAAA